AUGACUACCUCGUACGAUGUCGUUGUGGCCGGAGCUGGGCCCGUGGGCCUCUUUCUUGCCUGCGAGUUGGCUGUAGCUGGUGUUUCGGUGCUCGUACUGGAGCAGCAAGAAUCGCCCGAGUCACCCUGGAAGGUUGGCCUGCACGGCACGCGCGGCCUCCACAUCCACUCGAUCGAAGCCUUCUACCGCCGCGGCUUGCUCGACAAGGUGCUCCACAACAUCGACGUCCCAGGGCAUGUCGGGAGGGUGCCUGGCUACGACUUAAACUUCGCCGCGCACUUUGCCUCGAUCCGGCUGGACCCCAAAAACGCCGACUUCUCGCGCUGGAAGUACCACUUGCCGCUGCCCCAGCCCGCGGAGGCCAAGCUGUUCUACCCUGCCCCCACCUCCGUCGACACGCUGGAGAAGACCUUGGCCGAACGUGCUGAAAGUCUGGGUGUGCGCAUCCUAAGAGGCGUGGAGUUCUCCGAUUACACAGAGGACGGUGAGACCGUCACCGUCUCGGCUGGGAACCAGACAUUCACCACCAAAUGGCUGGUCGGAUGCGACGGCGAGCGCAGCAGGGUUCGCGAAGCCGCGCAGUUCGAAUUCCCUGGCACACCGGCCGAGUUCAGGGGGUAUGUCGUACACUGCGACCUUGCCAACCCGGAAGUGUUGCAGCGAGGCUUCUGCCGUACCGCCGCGGGGAUGUACAUCUUCCCCGCGCCCGGCCACCUGUACGUGACGGACUUUGAAACGCUGGGCCUCAAGGGCGGCGACGAAGCCAUCACGCGCGAACACUUUGAGAGCGUGCUCCGCCGCGUCUCGCAGACCGAGAUUGUCGUCACCGAACUCCACCGCGCCAUGUCCAUGACCACGCACCUGAAACAGACGACCACGUACCGCAAGGGCCGCGUGUUGCUGGCCGGUGACAGCGCGCACGUCCACCCCAGCUUCGGUGCCCAAGGGUUGAGCAUCGGAAUCGGCGACGCCAUCAAUCUCGGCUGGAAGCUGGCCGCGACGGUCCGGGGGAUUGCCUCUCCCACACUGCUCGACUCCUACAAUGGAGAGCGGCACCCGGAGGGAGCCCGCCAACUCGAAUGGGCUCGUGUGCAACUGUCCCUCCUGCGGUCCAAUCCGUACAGUCUGGCGACCGCCAAACUCAUGAAGGACCUGAUUGCCACGAAGGACGGAAACACGUUUUUCAUCGAGCACAUUGUCGGCCUUACGAAGCUGUAUAAUCUCGGCAGCGCCCACCCGGCGAUCGGAUACAGCGCUCCAGACUUUGAAUUCGCCGACGGGUCGCGCUUGGGUGCUAAAAUGCGAGAGGCGCAGCUUUUGGUGGUGGACUUUACUGACGACCACGCCGUGGCGAACUACGUUCAAUCACUGGGGUCGGCAGUGAGAUACUCUGGAUCUCAACCCAAGGACGCCAUCGACCUCAAGGCAUUGAUCGUGCGACCGGACGGCGUCAUUGCUUGGGCGUCGGCGGCGGACAAGAUUGACUUAGCGGAGCUGAAGACCGAGCUGGGCCGGUGGUUGGAUCUGUCUAAAUUGGAGACUGAAGCUGACGCUACAGCGAUGGUGAUGGAGCGUAUGACGUUGAAGAACGAGGCCGAAAUAUCUGUGACUGCCAUUCCCAUCACCGCAACAGUCGCGGCUUAG